ACUUCCUUCACUGUUACCUUCAGUCCUGCUGCUCUGUCAGUGAGGCUGUUCAAUACUAAUGACUCAUUAGCAAACCACUGAGUACAGAUCCACACUCUCAGCAGUCUGGUCCAGCCAUGCUCUUCAAAACCGUAUUGGUAAUCCUCCUCUAUGUGUCAGGUGUUUGGGGCCAAAAUGGAUGGGGAGUUACUUACGCCCCUGAGACAAUUUGUGGCUUAAAGGGGUCUUCAGUGGACAUGCACUGCAGUUACUCAUAUCCUAAAUCUCACUCAGUGCAGAAAACAUUCUGGUUCAUUCACCAGAACCCUACACAGGAGCCUAAGGACCUGUCCCUGGAUCAAGAGUACUCUGACCGUGUGGAGUACCUUGGGAAUCGUAACAAUGACUGCACUUUUAGAAUAAAACAACUGAGAGAAAGUGAUUCAAAAACAUAUCACUUCAGAUUCCUCACCUACAAUGCUGAUGGAAGAUAUUCUGGCGAACCUGGUGUCACAUUGGAUGUUACAGCUCUACAGGUGAUAAUGUAUCCUGACACAGUAACAGAGGGACAGAGUGUAACACUGACCUGUAGCACCACCUGCACUCUGACUGGCCUCCCAGCCUUCACCUGGUACAGGGACGGAUCUCCUCUGUCCUUCACCACCCAGACACACCAGCUCACAGCCAGCAGUGAAGAUAGAGGCAGAUACUCCUGUGCUGUAAAAGGCUAUAAGGAUCUCCCCUCCCUUGUAGUGGCUCUUACUGUGAACUAUCCGCCUAAGAGUGUUGCAGUAUUAGUGAGUCCCUCUGCUGAAAUAGAGGGGGGCAGUUCAGUGACUCUGACCUGCAGCAGUGAUGCCAACCCACCAGUGAACAGCUACACCUGGUAUCAGGAUAAUACUCGUCUACGGACAAUAUACGGACAGACAAACACCAUUGCAAAAUUCACAUACAGUAAUACUGGAGAGUACUUCUGCAAGGUGUGGAAUGGUAUUGGGACAGUCAGCUUUCCUCCUAUACUCCUAUAUCUCAAAUUGUUGUGUUUGAAGUUUAAAAUAACGCCCAACUCAUUUACAGAGGGAGAAAUGGUGACACUGACCUGUGAAAACAACUGCCCUUACGGUUACAGAAGCAGCAUUGAGUUCCGCAAAAAUGGACAACGUCUAUCGAAAUAUAACCCAAAAAAGUUCAGUGCCAGGAGUGAAGAUGCAGGAAACUACUCCUGUGGUCUAUCCUAUUAUAAGCAUUCAUCUUCCAAUGUAGUGUUUCUCCAAGAGAAAUAUCCUCCUCAGGGCACCACAGUGUCAGUCUCUGGUGAAAUAGUGGAGGGCAGUUCAGUGACUCUGACCUGCAGCAGCGAUGCCAACCCACCAGUGAACAGAUACACCUGGUUGAAGGGGAAUAGAGCUGUAUCCUCAGAGACAGAAGGACCAGAGGCAAGCUACACCAUUAAACACAUCACACAGCAGGAUGCUGGAGAGUACUACUGUGAGGCAAGGAAUUGGAUUGGGACAUACAGAUCUCCUCCAAAACUUCUCGAUGUGCAGUAUUCUCCCAAGAACACCUCAAUAUCAGUGAGCCACUCUGGUGAAAUAAUGGAGGGCAGUUCAGUGAAUCUGACCUGCAGCAGCGAUGCCAACCCACCAGUGCAGAACUACACCUGGUUUAAGAAGAAUAAAACUAGAGUCUGGCAGGCAGGAUCAGGACAGAGUCUGAACUUUCCUUAUCUUCAAUCCUGGAACAGAGGAUGGUACUACUGUGUGUCAGAGAACAAGCAUGGAGCUAAGAACUCCGCUGCUGUGUCUUUGAAGGUUUACUAUGCUCCUAAGAACACCUCAGUAUCUUUGAGCCCCUCUGGUGAAAUAAUGGAGGGAAUUUCAGUGACUCUGACCUGCAGCAGCGAUGCCAACCCACCAGUGCAGAACUACACCUGGUUUAAAAAGAAUAGAGCUGUAUCCUCAUGGAGAAAAUCUGGAUUGAAUCACAGCAUAACUAACAUCGUCUCUCAGGAGAGUGGACAGUACUACUGUGAGGUGCAGAACCAGCUUGGAACUCAGAACUCUACUACUGAGACCAUAAACGUUCAGUAUCCUCCCAAGAAUACCUCAGUAUCAGUGAGCCCCUCUGGUGAAAUAGUGGAGGGCAGUUCAGUGAUUCUGACCUGCAGCAGCGAUGCCAACCCACCAGUGCAGAACUACACCUGGUUUAAGAAGAAUGAAACUGGAGUCUGGCAGGCAGGAUCAGGACAGAGUCUGACGCUUUCUAACUUUGAAUCCUGGAACAGUGGACACUACUACUGUUUGUCACAGAACAAACAUGGAGCUCAGAACUCUACUGCUCUACUGGCCACAGCGCAAGGAGGUCAGACUGUGGCUGUGGCUGUGCCUGCAGCUGUGGGAGUCGGUGCCAUUGUGGCUCUUGUGUUUCUUGGUGUUGUCUGGGUGAGCAGGAGAAGAACAAGUGAGACAGGGCACACAGAAGGGGACAGGGAGGGGAAUAAAGGCCCCAUUUAUGGCAACGUCUCUGGGACGCCAAUGAGUCAUAACCAGGAAGAGCUUCUAUACUCCACUGUGUGCUGCCCUCAGAGUGAGGAUGAGGUUCAGUACGCCAGCGUCCAGUUCCUCCCCUCCGGUGCUGGCCCCAGGCCACCAGCAUCGACAGUGACGGAAGAAUGCGUUCUCUACAGCACAGUUCAAAAACAUCAAACAUGAAAAUAAAGCGUCCACAUCUCUCAUUUCACAAACCUUGGACCGACGCUGGUUAUGCAGUGUGCAUAUGGAUACAGUAUCUCUUUUAAUGUGCGAGCAUUUCCUGUGUUUUAAUAAGCAAAUAUUCUGUCUGGAUAGCAAUCCUUAAGCAUCAACAUCCUUCGCUUGGAAUCAACCAAACAUGUACCUGAUGACAUACCUUAUGACUAAAAUAAUUGAUUAUAAGAUUGAAAAAUAUUUUUUAAUUUUUUAAUUUUUAAUUUAUUAGUUUAUUUGUCAGGGACAAUGCAGAGAUAAUUCUAACAGGUUACAAUAGCAUGACACAGAUGUGUUGCAUCUAGUCUUUCUAGCCAAGGCUAAUUAGCAAUCCCUGUUCUUUUUUUAAGCUUUUCUUCUUAAAAAUGGUCAUCAAAUAUCAUCAUUACCAAAAGUACUUUAGUCAAAGUGAGCACAUAGUAAAUAGUGACAUAGCAGGUGAAUGCAGGUGAUUCAGGAUUUGAUGAGCAGACAUACUAUCUGAGUGACAUAUAAGGGAAGAAACCGCUCCAGUCGUCACACUGGAGAUCAGACUCAGACUCUUUCAGGGACUGUUUACCUCUCUACUAUCCCCUUUUCCCCCAAUUUGCUCAUGAACUUAUGAACUCAGGUCACAUGAUGGUCCUUUGACAUUCUUUCAACAGUAUAUCUAUUGUAUGUCUAUAUAUUGUACACAAAGUAUGAUAAAGAUGCCAUUUUAUUUCUGUUCAAGAGUUCAAGAGUGGUGAUCCCCUAAUGAACCCCUGACCACAGAACCUCUUAGCUAAAUGUAACUUGUUGCAUCGAAGAUAUUCAGUGGAUUGCAAAGCUUUUUAUUUGUACAUUUAACCUUAGCUAUUGGUUUUUAACCUAUGAUAUGAUAACCUUUAUUAUCUCUAAGAAAAUAUUCAAGAGUAAUGGAUCUGCUGCAAUACAUAC